AUAAAACACAAUAAAUCCAACGCUUGUGUAUGUUCAAGAAAGAGGAAAAAUGGUACCUUUGGUGCAACUUGGAGAUAGGGGUGGAGAAUGCAGAAAGUGUGGUAUUUCUGCUUCUAGUAUAUUAAUAGAGACUUAUUUAAUUAGGAUGAGUUUUCUUGUUAAACUUUUUUUUUCGGGGGCAGCGAGAAGAGAAAACGCAGCAGUCACUUUACUCACUGCGUCGUUCGUGUGUCGCUCGCUUUGGGGCCCGACGCGGCACAUGUUUUUGGGCUCUUCUUCCCCGGCCACUUAUACCUGGAAAAACUUCUUGAUCCGAUUCAUGACUUCAAAACCGCAGCGCGUUCAUCGCAUUGCAGAAACCACCUGGCAAAGCGCCCUUAAGAAGGCACGGACUAUGGCCACCUCCACCGCCGCCGAUAGUUACAUGAGAGAUGCAUUCUCCCAUUACACCGAUUACCUCAACGGCCUUAAUGAUAAACGAGAAAGAGUGGUAAAAGCAAGUCGAGAUAUUACUAUGAACAGCAAAAAGGUCAUAUUUCAGGUUCACAGGAUGAGUCUGAACAACAAAGAUGAAGUUUUGGAGAAGGCAGACAAAGAUCUGAAUGCUGUGACAGCACAAUAUUUGUCCCGCCUGGUAAAGGAGCUGCAGGGGACUGAUUUCUGGAAGCUAAGACGAGCAUAUUCUCCCGGUGUUCAAGAAUAUGUUGAAGCUGCCACACUUUGUCACUUCUGCAAGACUGGGACCCUUAUAGGCCUUGAUGAGCUAAAUGCUAACCUGAUUCCAUUGAGCGCUCCUUCCACUGAGCCUCUACAGAUUAAUAUACUAGACUAUAUUUUAGGGCUCGCGGACUUGACAGGAGAGCUGAUGAGGCUGGCAAUCGGGCGGGUCUCAGAUGGGGAACUUGAAUUCGCUCAUAAGAUUUGUAGCUUUGUUUGCGAAAUCCAUCGGGAGCUGACACUUGUUGCCCCACUAAUGGAAGACCACUUUGACAUGAAAACCAAAAUGGACACAAUGCUUCAGAGUGUAAUGAAGAUAGAAAAUGCUUGUUACAGCGUCCAUGUCAGAGGAUCUGAGUUUGUUCCCCUUUUGGAACCGGACGGCUCAAGUUUCCCUCCGUUGCCACUUGACAUUAACUGAUGACGAAGUUCUUAGAGGCUGGAACUCUCUGUGUUCUUCGUGUUUCCCUUUCAUCUUUUUACUUCAUCAUGUCUCUCUCUAGCUUGACAAUGUGCUCUUGUAUUUUGACUAAUGAAUGACCUUUGCAUCAAGAACUGUAGGAUAUGUCGAAGAAUGAAAAAUGUUCACAACCUUAAUAUUAAGAAGUUUUGUAAGACAAAUCAACUGUGAUUUUGUUU